UCCCGCCUCCACGCCGAGGCGAGAAGGUUCUAUCCGGGGCCUUGGCGCUUCUCUUUCCUUUCGCGCCGGUUGCCGCUGCGGAGCGCGGCCGGUCCAUGUGCGCAGUGAGUGGCGCUAUUUCUGCCUCAGUAGCACCGGUGUCCCGGGUCUGACCGACCGCGCGGCGAUGGAUCCCAACACCAUCAUCGAGGCCCUCCGGGGCACCAUGGACCCAGCCCUGCGCGAGGCCGCUGAGCGCCAGCUCAAUGAAGCACACAAGUCUCUGAAUUUCGUUUCAACACUGCUCCAGAUUACUAUGUCAGAACAACUGGAUUUACCUGUGAGACAGGCAGGUGUUAUUUAUUUGAAAAAUAUGAUAACACAGUAUUGGCCUGAUCGGGAAGCCACCCCAGGGGACAUCGCUCCAUAUACUAUCCCAGAAGAAGACCGGCAUUGCAUUCGAGAAAACAUUGUAGAAGCCAUUAUCCACUCACCUGAGCUUAUCAGGGUACAGCUUACUACAUGCAUCCAUCAUAUCAUCAAACAUGACUAUCCAAGCCGCUGGACUGCCAUUGUGGACAAGAUUGGCUUUUAUCUUCAAUCUGAUAACAGUGCUUGUUGGCUGGGAAUCCUUCUUUGCCUUUAUCAGCUUGUGAAAAAUUAUGACAGGAAAGAACAUGAGGAGUUUUUAAGGUGUUAUACAGGAGGCUGCUACAAUAUAGGAAUUGCAGAGUAUUGUCUCUUAGUGUUUAUAGAGCACGAGUAUACACUACCCCUGGAGCUGAUAAACCAACAGAAUCUAACUGAAUGGGUAGAAAUUUUGAAGACAGUUGUGAAUAGGGAUGUACCUAAUGAAACACUUCAAGUUGAAGAAGAUGAUAGACCUGAGUUACCCUGGUGGAAAUGUAAGAAGUGGGCCUUACAUAUUUUAGCAAGACUUUUUGAAAGAUAUGGAAGCCCUGGGAAUGUUUCUAAGGAGUAUAAUGAGUUUGCUGAAGUUUUUCUGAAGGCCUUUGCUGUUGGUGUCCAGCAAGUUUUAUUGAAAGUGUUAUAUCAGUACAAGGAAAAACAAUAUAUGGCGCCUCGAGUUUUACAGCAGACAUUAAAUUAUAUUAAUCAAGGAGUUUCCCAUGCACUUACGUGGAAGAACCUGAAGCCUCAUAUACAAGGCAUUAUCCAAGAUGUUAUUUUUCCAUUGAUGUGCUAUACAGAUGCUGAUGAGGAGCUCUGGCAAGAAGAUCCUUAUGAAUAUAUACGCAUGAAGUUCGAUGUGUUUGAAGAUUUCAUUUCUCCUACUACUGCUGCUCAAACACUUUUGUUUACAGCCUGUAGCAAAAGGAAAGAGGUACUGCAAAAGACUAUGGGAUUUUGUUACCAAAUUCUUACGGAACCCAAUGCUGAUCCUCGGAAAAAAGAUGGAGCCUUGCAUAUGAUUGGCUCUUUAGCUGAAAUACUUCUAAAGAAAAAGAUCUAUAAAGAUCAAAUGGAAUACAUGUUGCAAAAUCAUGUCUUUCCUCUCUUCAGCAGUGAGCUAGGCUACAUGAGAGCAAGGGCUUGCUGGGUUCUUCACUAUUUUUGUGAAGUGAAGUUCAAAAGUGAUCAAAAUCUCCAAACAGCUUUAGAGCUCACAAGAAGAUGUCUGAUUGAUGAUCGAGAAAUGCCUGUGAAAGUGGAAGCUGCUAUUGCACUACAGGUGUUGAUCAGCAAUCAAGAAAAAGCUAAAGAGUACAUCACUCCAUUUAUCAGACCUGUCAUGCAGGCUCUUCUUCAUAUUAUAAGAGAAACAGAAAAUGAUGAUCUUACAAAUGUAAUUCAGAAAAUGAUCUGUGAAUAUAGUGAAGAAGUUACUCCUAUUGCUGUAGAAAUGACACAACAUCUGGCAAUGACAUUUAACCAAGUAAUCCAGACUGGGCCAGAUGAGGAAGGAAGUGAUGACAAAGCAGUUACUGCUAUGGGAAUUCUGAACACAAUUGAUACACUUCUGAGUGUGGUUGAAGAUCACAAAGAGAUAACCCAGCAGCUGGAGGGGAUCUGCUUACAAGUCAUUGGGACUGUUUUACAGCAGCAUGUCCUAGAAUUCUAUGAGGAGAUCUUCUCUUUGGCACAUAGUCUGACAUGUCAACAAGUGUCUCCUCAGAUGUGGCAGUUACUGCCCCUUGUGUUUGAGGUAUUUCAGCAAGAUGGCUUUGAUUACUUUACAGACAUGAUGCCUCUUCUACAUAACUAUGUAACAGUUGAUACAGACACCCUUCUAUCUGAUACCAAGUAUCUGGAGAUGAUAUACAGUAUGUGUAAAAAGGUUCUCACUGGAGUUGCAGGAGAAGAUGCGGAAUGCCAUGCAGCAAAAUUGCUAGAGGUCAUUAUUCUGCAGUGCAAAGGCCGGGGCAUUGAUCAGUGUAUACCAUUAUUCGUGGAAGCAGCUUUAGAAAGACUGACCAGAGAGGUUAAAACAAGUGAACUCAGAACAAUGUGCCUGCAGGUUGCAAUUGCAGCAUUGUAUUAUAACCCACACCUACUGCUUAAUACCUUAGAAAAUCUUCGCUUCCCAAAUAAUGUUGAACCUGUUACAAAUCAUUUUAUCACACAAUGGCUAAAUGACGUUGACUGUUUUCUGGGGCUUCAUGACAGGAAGAUGUGUGUCCUUGGCCUAUGCGCCCUUAUUGAUAUGGAACAAAUACCACAGGUUUUAAAUCAGGUUUCAGGACAGAUUUUGCCAGCAUUUAUCCUUUUAUUUAAUGGAUUGAAAAGAGCAUAUGCCUGCCAUGCAGAACACGAGAAUGACAGUGACGAUGAUGAGGAUGCCGAAGAUGAUGAUGAAACUGAAGAACUUGGGAGUGAUGAAGAUGAUAUUGAUGAAGAUGGACAGGAAUAUUUGGAGAUCCUGGCUAAACAGGCUGGUGAGGAUGGAGAUGAUGAAGAUUGGGAAGAAGAUGAUGCUGAGGAGACUGCUCUGGAAGGCUAUUCUACAAUCAUCGAUGAUGAAGACAACCCUGUUGAUGAGUAUCAAAUCUUUAAAGCUAUAUUUCAAACUAUUCAAAAUCGUAAUCCUGUAUGGUAUCAGGCUUUGACUCACGGUCUUAAUGAAGAGCAAAGAAAACAGUUACAGGACAUAGCAACUCUAGCUGAUCAAAGAAGAGCAGCCCAUGAGUCCAAAAUGAUUGAAAAGCAUGGAGGAUACAAAUUCAGUGCACCAGUUGUGCCAAGUUCUUUCAAUUUUGGAGGCCCAGCACCAGGGAUGAAUUGAGUUUCCACUUUCUUUCCUGCUGUGUGAGUGUAGUGAAGAGCUUGUGUUCCUCCCAGUAGUGGUUCCAGAUCCGGUUCAUGUUAACUACUAACUGAUCUCUAGAAGGACAGAAACCCAGGAGGUGGGAGCUGAUCAUGUAACCUGGCACUGGACGAGAACCUCGAGGGAUUUGGGGAGGGUUGAAUUGGGGGGCUAUUUUCUUUAUUUUCUGAAGAAAGUAAGAUGCUGGCUCUGAAGCUUCAAGAGACACUGUGGAAAUCUGAAAUGAGGGAUGUCAUGAAGGCAGCUUUUCUUUUUCUGAGGAAAAAAAUAGGCAUGGGCUACAGGACUAUUUAAAAUGUCUCAUUUACAGUAUAAAGUUCAAAGGUAGAUGUAAUUUUUACACCUCUAAGUAUUUGUCCUAUUUCUGUCUGUUCCUUACCAUUGGGUAUCCUUUAUAUGUAAAUAUGAUAAGGUAAUCAGAUAGCCUUAUUCGGUCUUUAUCAUUUUCAUUCACCAGAUUGUUCCUAUGUAGAUUGGACAUUUAUUGUAGCACUACAUAACUGAUUUUAAAAUCUGUAAAUGAAUUAGCACUUUCAUAUUGAAACAAGCCUGCUAGCCUAUGUAUAAAAGCAAAACUGUUUGCUGUUUAUAAAAAGGGAUGUAAUGGGGUGGGGGGCAGGGGUAAUUUCAGGUUUAAUUAUUUAAAAAUGAACUAGCAAUUUUGUAUCUGGUGACUCUGUGGUGCACUCACCUCUGGUAGUGACUUGAAUUCGGUUUGUAAAAAGGGGUUAGUGAUGUUUCAUUGCUGCUAAAAAUGGCAACUCCCUCUGUGUCCUUCUUUGUUCCUAAAGCUCUCAGUGUACAAGUGGACAUUUGGAUACAAGACCUUAUGUAACAAACAGAGGUGAUAUCUGAAGCAUGUAAAUUGGAUAUAAAAUUCUACUCUUAAAGAGUUGAUCUAGAGUAUGGCUAAACAUCUAUAUAUGCAAUCUAUUAAAAGAACUUAAUUCGGCAAUUAUGUCUUGAUCUGAUUGCAAUUUAUUCCUAAUUAUUCCCUAUCCCCAUUAACCUGUUUUUAUCUUGUACCAGAUAGAGUGCAAAAUGUAUUUAUAAGAUUAAUACCUGCCCAUUCCCCUCUCCUCAUUUCUCCUCCCCUGUCUUGAUUAUGGUAUCUUAUCCUAACUCUGAAGACUGAAGGCACAUGGUUCCCUCUAAAAACCACUAUUGAUACCACUGCAGAAAUAAGCCAGCAACAACAGGGUAGCGGGGUGGGCUUCUCCCCCUCUUCCUAAAUGCAUGUUCAAAGAUAAGACUUUAUUGAUCUUAAACAUCUGUCAGAUGAGUCAUACAUUGGAUUAUUUUUUAUAUACAUGUAUACUCAAUAUUUCAAAUUGAAAGCAACAUCUCAGUGGAUUCAAAACUACUACAUACUGUUGUCUAAAACAAAAUUUAUAAUUGUACAAAUGAAAUGCACAUAUUGAUAUUUAAAAUGCAUAAUUAAGAAAA